AUGAUUGAUUUAGCUCAUCAAACGGUAUGUUGUUUUUCUUUUUAAAGUUUUAUGCUAUUAUAUUUAGAUAGGUAUGAAUGGUACAACGCGUAAAAACAGUGGAGGCAAAAAGAUAUUGCUCGACGGUCAAAAUCUUGGCCGUAUCAAAGCUGUCAAAGCCUUUUAUGAUCACCAUGGGAAAGUUAAUCACAUGAAUAUAACGGAUGAUGGAAAGACCCUUAUUGCUUCUUCAGAUGUCGACUCGAUAAUACUGUAUGACUGUGUGCAAGGGAGCAUUUCUAAUACGGUUAGUGUGUUUUAAAGAAUAUAUUCUAAUUCGUUUAAAUUUAAAGAUUUUAGUCCGUUUUGAAGAAUUUAAUGUAUUUUACAAUGUUUUAACGUGUUUUAGGUAUACAGCAAAAAAUAUGGAUGCAGCUUGGUACAUUUUGUUCGUGGGACAAACAAUGUUAUUCAUUCAUCUGUAAAAGUUGAUAGUAAGUAUUUUAUUAUUUUUUUAGUUUUAUAUUCUUAGGCAGACAAUGAUGAAAGAAGCGAUCAGGAUAUAGACUGUCAAAAAGUUCUUUAUUGCUUAUUGAACGGUUGACAAGUUUUGUAUGACUCCUAGAACGGAUAUCUGAGUCUUUGAUACAAUUAUUUAGCUUAACUUUAACAUGACAAAAAUUUUGAUACGAUUGAAGCAACAUUUUCAGAUACAAUACGAUAUUUAUCACUCAACCCGACACAGUACGUGCGAUAUUUUCAAGGACAUGAAAAGCUUGUAACAACGAUAAAGGUUUCGCCGUGUGAAGAAGUCUUUCUUUCCGGAUCUCAAGACAAUACCAUACGAGUGUGGGACAUGCGAAUUCAAGCAGCACAGGGAAUGAUGAAAACAAAAACAUGUCCUUUAAUCGCGUUUGAUCCUACUGGACGAGUUUUUGUGGUUGGUGGCAAAAACACGCUGGAUUUUUAUGACUUAAGAACGUUUGAUGUGAAACCUUUUGCCACGUUCAAAUACCCGGCUUUGGAUGGCGAUUGGACUGAUGUCACAUUUUCUCCUGACGGCUUAAGUUUACUUGUAAUGACGAACGGAAAGGAGAUGUUGAUCGUAGAUGCUUUCAGCGGUGAAGCACUACAUAAGUUGACAGGACAUCAUAAUUAUAACGUAAGCGACGUUAUAAAAGGUUUAAUUUUCGAAAAAGUUUCCUUAAUAACGAAUUUGUAUAUGAGCAGUUUUAUAAAAAAAUGAAAAAAAAAUUUACUCCUAAUUUACGACGUAUUUUAAAUUUUAUAUUAGUUGAAUACUAUCUCUUACAUUUUUAUCAUAUUUCAGAAAGAACCAUUGACCGCUACGUUUUCCCCAUGCUCAAAUUUUGUUUUCUGCGGCGGCGACGGUGGUUAUCUUACCGGUUGGUCUCGCGAUACUGGAGAUCCGAUCUACCAAUGCGGUUCUGUCGACCACACAGACACAAUAAAUCACGUGGUGUUUAAUCCCAAUUAUCUUCAGCUUGCUACAGCGUCGUCACAUGUAGUAAGUUCACAAAUAGAACCAUAA